ACGGUUUUUUUUGGUUUUCUGAAAAUGCACUUGCAUUUCGUUUUCGUGUACCUUGUACUUGCAAUAGUAACAUCGGUUGUAAUAGCAGCUCCAAAAGAUGACGUUUCGCAAGAGCCUAAGGUAUUAUCUGCUCUGGAAGCAUUGAUCGAUGCAGAUGCAAAUACAGGACAUGUAGCAGAAUCUAAUCGGCUAGCACGUCAUAGCUAUGGUGGCGGUGGUGGCGGGCAUAGACCCACAGCUAUGGUAUACGUCGUUACAGUAUACAGUAAAGGAGGAGGAGGACAUGGUGGCGGUGGAAGAGGAUAUGGUGGGAAAGGCGGAGGAUAUAGGCGAGGACAUGGGGGCGGCGGCGGAUAUAGACGAGGACAUGGAGGCGGCGGCGGACGUUGUUGCGGCGGAUAUCAUGGUUAAUCAAAGUGACAUGUUUUAUGAAAAUAUAUAUCAACUAUUGUGA